CAAGCCUCCAACUUUCUCAAUGUCUCCCACAACCCCAAAAACAAUCGCCAUCAUCGCCGGGGCAGGCCCAGGCACCGGCGCAGCAAUUGCGCGCCGCUUUGCCCGUGGGUAUCCUGUCGUACUGUUAGCACGUUCCCAGGCCUCACUGGACCCAUUGGUUCGCGACAUCCAGAAGAACAACGGGUCCGCGCUAGCGUUCCCAACAGACGUGACAGAUAUUUCGAGCAUGAACCGCGCUGUGGCGGAUACCAAGGCACAAUUGGGCAAGGAUGUGCGCGUUGCCGCGGCUAUUUUUAAUAUGGCCAGCAAAUUCACCCGCAAGGGGUUUUUGGAUUCGACCCCGGAGGAAUAUUUGGGGAGUCUCCAGGCCACUGUCAACGGGGCUUACAAUUUCAGUCAAGCGGUGCUGCCGUUGAUGCUUGGCUCUGGUUCCAAUGAGCAGUCGCAUCCGCCGGCUUUGAUUUUCACUGGAGCAACUGCCGCCCUCAAAGGAGGCAAUGGACUCGGUUCAUUCGCCAUGAGCAAAUUUGCCGUUCGAGCGAUGGCACAGUCGCUAGCCCGCGAAUUCGGGCCCAAGGGUAUUCAUGUGGCGCAUGCUAUAGUAGAUGGCAUCAUUGACACGGAACAAACAAAAGGCUUCCAUGAGGAAAUGCCUGGGUCUAAGAUUAGCCCAGAUCAAAUUGCGGAGGCAUAUUGGUAUUUGCAUACGCAGACAAAGACCUCGUUUACGCAUGAACUGGAUCUUCGGCCUUAUUGUGAAAGCUGGUAAGGAAUGUAGGUAACAUGCUCGAAGACUUAACCUUCUCUAAGUAUGCCUUUGAACCAUUCUUGUAUUCGUGAGAUGGCCAUGGUGACAUGGGACGGAAAUAAAUGAAUUAAGAGACAGUUCAAUUUGCAGAUACAUAAAUAUGCAUUUCUCAUUGCAGCAAUAAUGCCGUGCAGAGACGAUUCUAUUCUUCAAGUAGCUGUGGGGAAUCUGCAGCAAUGGCCCGCUGAACGCCCCGG